GGAAAAGAAGAGUUAUAUUCAGAGUUGAGGCCGUCUGUGAGAUUCCGUGAACAAUCUUUUCUCACUGAGGGCUCAGACUGGUGCUUGUGUGCUCAAGUUCAUGGCACAAAAAUAGACCAUGGUGACGCAUCUGACUGGUUUGAGCUCCAAAGCUGCAGGCAGAGCAGGAAGUAUGGCGGAGUGUUAAAGCACCGGAGAGAUGCGACACGCAGUUAUAAUCAGCUGGUUUUUAGUGGACACCAUCCUUCAGACAGGUCUAGCAGCUUUGAUCCAAACCCAGCAGACCGUAUUAGCAGCAGUGGGAGAAGAUGCUCCUCUCAGCUGUCUCCUCCUGGAAACUAAAGAUGUCCAGCAGGUCACCUGGCAGAAGGUCUUUGGGAACAAAGAGAGGAACAUCGGCUCCUACAGCGAGUAUUUUGGUCAAACAGUGAAUCCUGACUUUAAAGAUAAAGUUCAGUUCACAGAAGCUGGACUGCAGAAUAACUCCAUAGUCAUCAGGAAUGUUACAGAGCAGGAUGAAGGAUGUUAUCUCUGUUUGUUCAACACCUUCCCUGAUGGAGUUUCUGACAGGGAGAACCUGCCUGAAGGUUUAUGAGCUGCAUGGACCCGUCCUUGAUGUCAGCAGAUCAAGCUCUCCUGCAGGGUCAGUUGUGUCCUGUUCAGCCACAGGUCGACCUGCUCCCACUGUAACACUGACUGCUCCACAGCAGAACCUCAGCU